AUAGUGCUCAACACAAUGAACUCCUUCGUUGCAACUGUUGCCAUCGUCCUCCUUGCAGGAACUUGCGCCCAAGGUGCAACAACCGUGCUCUCCUCGACCAAUGGCAAUUACCACAGCAACUAUGGAUACCCAUCAUCUGUCUUGUCCCAAGGUUUCAACAAUUUCAACUCAUUCCCAACUACUUAUGAUCACUUCAACACUGGAGUAGUCGAUACUGUUGUCUCUUCUCCCGUCGUCAAAUCUUCAGUCACCACAACUCCUGUUGUUGAUACCGUUGUUUCUACUCCAGUUGUCAAAUCCACUCCAGUUGUUGCAAGUCCAGUUGUUGAAACUGUUGCCACACCAGUUGUUGCAACCACCGGUUAUACCACCCCAGUUGUUGCAACCACUGGUUACACUACUACUGGCUACACCACUCCAGCUGUAUCGACUGGAUACACCACCACUGGAUACACCACUCCAGUAGUAGCUUCCACUGGAUAUACUGGUUUGGGAGGUUAUCGUUCUGGUUUGGGAGGAUACCUAUUCUAAUAAUCUACUAUUCAAAGAAUAUUCGAUUUAAAUGAUUUGGCUAUGAUGUUAAUGUUGAAUUUAAUUGAUG